GUACAUACGAGCGACGCGAAGAGUCAAUAGCUGGGAGUUGUAUUAUUGCAACUAGUGAUAUAGGUACAAAGUCCUCAAAUACGCCCCGUUUUAUUGAGCAGAACGUAUGCAGGCAAGGAUUUUUUUAGUUUGAUGUAAAUUUACAGAUACAAAACGUGGUAAAGACGAAAUAGCAGUUGUUUGCUGACGACGCAGUGUUUGAGACAACUUUCAUACAUGUCAUGGCGAGCAUAGCCGAUGUUUUCUCGGAGAAGGAAAGGACCAACUGGUUAAAGUCAUGGCUGGCUAUAGACAUUGCAAAGUCAGGCUUACAGCACCUCGUAAAAACAGAGGCUCAGAAUUUCCACACUAGUAUUUACACAUCGAUCUUAAAAAUAAGAUCACCACCCAUGUGCUGUGGAACUGCAAAUUUAUUGACAUGCCCAACACCAAAAGUCUGCAAAAUUUGGAGAAGAACAUGCUCCAUGCAUGAUCCUGCUGCAAAUUACACGCGACCAUGUCCGGUAAAUAUAUGUGAUAAGGUUAUGGGCCAAAUUACAAACAACCACCGAUACCGAGGACCUUCAUGGAAGUGUACAUCAGCACAACGAUGGGCGUCUCAUCCAUGGGAAAUUGCAAAAUGUUAUUUUUCAGAAGAUGGCUAUGAUCUAAAAAUGUCGUUUGAAGACACGGAUUUAAACGGGAUUAUCAGUUUUUUGUUGAACUUCAAACCCUUUGAGCUUCGCUUUUCAUUCAGCAUAAAAACAAUCGCACAGAUCCUCCAUGUCUUUUGACUAAGGCUCGUGAUAUUUGCAAAGCAGUCCGUCACACGUCUGACUGCAAAGUGACCGACAUCGAUCUCAAUGACUAUUUCACAACGCUUACUGAUCUGCUAGGAGAUCCAACAUCACUAGCACAUGACAGCAGUGCACAAGACGCCGUGAUUGCACUUCAACAGCUGAAACAGGACACGUUUAAGAUCACAACGGCCGAAAUGUUUAAUGGUCUACAGGAAGCUCAGAAGAUAUUGCAGAAAGUUGAACAAACCGCAGAAGAUGCUAUAGAUGAAAUAAAAAAAAUACAUACUCACGUGUACGGAUGACAUGAAAUCUCAGACAGACAUAUGCAAAGAAGAAAUUCUUUAUAGCAGAGACCUAUGUAAAACUGAAAUAGUGACACGAACAGUCAGCUGUAAACAUUUUCUAGAUAGUCAUACAACCACAUGUCAAAAUGAAAUCGAAAAGAAAACUAAUACUUGUAAAAAUGAACUUGACGAUCACAUUAUCAAGUGUAAAUCUGAAUUUGAUAACAACGCAGCCAAAUAUAAAGAGGAACUAAAGGAAGCAUCGGAAAACGUUUUACAUUUCAUUACGGGGGACGAAUAUAAUCCAUGUAACUAUGAAUCAGCUCGUGAAGCGCUAAAACAACAAAUGAAGCGGUAUUACAGCACUCGUUUUCGACACACACCUUUAUCGGUAUUGAUGCCACUCAUAGACAAACCUUUGAUGGACAUAUAUGUUCCUCCAAAAAUUCAAAAACAUGUCGAUGGCAAAACAAAAUGCGUGGAUAAAUACAAAGAUAUUCUGAUGAGAGACGCACAGAAUAAUCUUAUUUUCUUAAAAGGUGAGGCUGGAACAGGUAAAACGACAUUUGCUACAAAAGUUGUUCUAGAUUGGUGCAGUGAUUCUUCGAAGUCGGAUCCGACAUCACAGCUUAGGGAGAACUUUAAUGAUAAAGAGGCACUGCACGAAUAUGAAUUUGUAUUUCUAGUUACGUUGAGAGAUUCGCCUUCUCAGUUAGAAGUUAUGCAUAUUAUCAAAGAGCAGAUAAUUGACAAUAUAUACGGAGAUCUUGAUCGAGAGAAAAUGUACACACUUCUCCAAAAAGUAAUGCUUAAAGAGCCGUGUUUAGUGAUUCAAGACGGAUUAGAUGAGUGGACUUACUCCGAUGGAAAACUAUCCCAGCCGUUGUUGCCUACAUGUUACAAUCUUUGUACAGUAUUGAUAACAACUCGUCCGUGGAAACUUGAAAACUGUAUCAGAGAUUCCUGCAUUGGGAGUUUACUAGAAAUUACUGGAGUAAACAAGCCGUACAUGUUAGCCAAUAACAUAUUAGUAAGUUGUUAUAAUGAGCACAAUAAAGACUUCAACUCGGAAUUCAAAAAGUAUAUCGACAAGAAUCAACUAGAACAUUUUCUAAAGGUUCCAAUGAUGCUGACAAUGAUCGUGUGCCUGUGGGUCGAUGGUUUAUGCCUAAAAGGAACAGCUUGUCAAAUCUACAGUUCUCUGCUUGACAGUCUUCUUGCAAAAAUUAACAGUGAAAAUGAAUAUUUUUAUGAUUCACCGGUAUUUUGUUUGAAAAACACACAUUUUAUAAAACCAAAUAUUAAGUUUGUGAAAUCUAUUGCUAAGGUAGCAUUUUACUGUCUGUUUUCAUUGGAGAGGGAGAAAUCACUUGUUUUUAGCGAAAUGGAGUUUAAUCAGUAUUUGCAACAUUCCGCCGACAAAGCAGAAAUUAAAUCGUUUGCACUUAAUGCUGGAGUUUUAUCUCAGAGACGAAGUUCAUCCUUCACAAAUAGAUCACCCUCUCUUUCAUUCGUACACAAAAGUAUUCAGGAGUUUCUGGCUGCGUAUUAUAUUGCUGAUAAUAUGAACGUCAUCGAUGACGAAUUAAGUGAAUUUGUUAGGAGAUUUGAUAACGGCCAUCUCCAAAUAUGCGAGUUAUUUAGAUUUCUGUGCGGACUUAACAUCGAUGCUGCCAAUAAAUUGUCGUGUGUUUUGUAUGGUCAUGUAGCGAGACUUAGUUCAAAUCAGCCACAUUUCUGCAAAAGUCGAUCCUUUCAGAAGAUAUUGAUUUCAGGAUUUAAGGAAGCAAAAGCAAACCGCAUUGAUGAAAAUCAUAUCCACUUGAAACUUAGCCACAUAUAUUUUGAUUUUUCAUUGUCAAGUAAAACUGAAAUGGAAAUUGCAACUUUUCUCAUGAAAGCCAAUGCAUCAAACUUGCGUUUCUGGUAUAUAUUUGGUGAUGCCAUUCCUGAUUAUGAGAUGCUUGUCUCUGAAGGAAUAACAUAUAAUAAUGUUCAAGAAAAUGAAAGAAUGUAUAAAGCACAUGAAGGUAAAUAUGAACUAUUCGAUAUAUCGCCGUGCACUUAUUUGGAAAGCAUUCAUCUCUUUGGACAAGUAACCUUGUUACCAUUGGCAUUAAGCAAUUUGCAUAAUCUGAAACACAUUACAAUACAACACCGUGCUACGGUUAAUGGCAAAUUAGAUUUGUCUGCAAGUCACAGUCUAGAAACUGUUGACAUCGGUAACAUCGACGUGUUAUUUCCAACUACUCUACGCGGAAAUAUGACAUCGCUUAAAUUCACAUGCAACUGUGAUAAUUUGGAUUUGUCUUUAUGUCACAAUCUUGAAACUAUUGAACUCAGCUCGGGAGUGCAGCUGAACUCCAAUUCAAUAAAUUUGCAGUGUAAGAUUAAACAUCUGAACAUUCUUGGCUCAUGCGAUGGUUUAAACUUACCACCGGAUCACAACAUAGACACUCUAGUUAUCAGUAAAAAUGUAAGAUUGCUACCAACAACACUAAGGGGAAACAUGGAAAACAUUGAAUUAAUCUGUAUGUGUAGCGGAUUGGAUCUUUCACUGUGUAAUAAUCUACAGGAAAUUGAGCUUGGGCCGGAAAUUACAUUGGCACCAUCGUCCCUUGCACAGCUACAUAAUUUAAAAAAACUUACGUUACGAGGCACAUGUAAUGGAUUGGAAUUGAACGGUUGCCAUAAUCUAGAACAAAUAGCGAUCGGUAAAAAAAUAACUUUGGCACCAGUUGCACUUCGAGGAAGACUUAAAUACGUUAAUGUUGAAGGCACAUGUUCUGGAUUAGAUUUGACAUCAUGUCAUGAUCUCGAAUCCAUUAGACUCGGCGAUGACGUUAUCUUGAUACCAGGUUCUCUGUCUUGUCGCUUUAAGUCAUUAACAUUACAAUGUAAAUGUGCUGGACUAGAUAUUAAAGCAUGUCCUGAUCUUAAAUUUAUUAAACUCGGUUUUGGCAUAACCUUGAUACCGGGUCCUCUUCCUGUUCGAGUCCUGGGCAUUGACCUACAAUGCACAUGCGCUGGACUCGACGUAUCUGCGUGCCAUUGUCUUGUAUCAAUUGCUCUCGGUAAAGACAUUACCUUGAUGCCAGGUCGUCUUCCUCGUGGAGUAAGAACCAUUGACAUGCAAUGCAAAUGUAGUGGUCUCGAUAUCUCCGAAUGCCAUAAUCUUAAAACACUUGCUCUCGGAAAAGACAUUACCUUGCUGCCAGGUCGUCUUCCUCGUGGAGUAAGAACCAUUGACAUGCAAUGCAAAUGUAGUGGACUCGAUAUCUCUGAAUGCCUUUAUCUUGAAACACUUGCUCUCGGUAAAGACAUUACCUUGCUGCAAGGUCGUCUUCCUUGUGGAGUACGAAAACUUGACAUGCAUUGCAAAUAUAGUGGACUCGAUAUUUCUGAAUGCUAUGAACUUGAAUCAAUUGCUCUCGGUAAAGGCAUUACCUUGAUGGCAGUUCGUCCUCCUCGUGGAGUAAGAACCAUUGACACGCAAUGCACAUGUAGUGGACUUGAUAUGUCUGAAUGCCAUCAUCUUGAAUCAAUUGCUCUCAGUAAAGAAAUUACCUUGCUGCCAGAUCGUCUUCCUUGUGAAGUAAGAACCAUUGACAUGCAUAACAAAUGCAUUGGUCCCGAUAUCUCUGAAUGCCUUUAUCUUGAUUUUAUUACUCUUGGUGAAGACAUUACCUUGCCGCCAUUUCGUUUGUCUCAUAAAGUGAGAAAAAUUGACAUGCAUUGCAAAUGCAGUGGUCUCGAUGUCUCUGAAUUCCAGUAUAUUAAAUAUAUUACUCUCGGUAAAGACAUAACUUUGCUGCCAGGUCGUCUUCCUCGUGGAGUACGAACAAUUGACAUGCAAUGCAACUGUAGUGGACUCGAUAUCUCUGUAUGCGUUCAUCUUGAAUCACUUGCUCUCGGUAAAGACAUUACCUUGCUGCCAGGUCGUCUUCCUAAUGGAGUACGAACAAUUGGCAUGCAAUGCAACUGUAGUGGACUCGAUAUCUCUGAAUGCGUUCAUCUUGAAUCACUUGCUCUCGGUAAAGACAUUACCUUGCUGCCAUGUCGUCUUCCUUGUGGAGUACGAGCAAUUCACAUGCAAUGCAACUAUAGUGGACUCGAUAUCUCUGAAUGCGUUCAUCUUGAAUAUAUUGCUCUCGGUAAACACAUUACCUUGCUGCCAGGUCGUCUUCCUCGUGGAGUAAGAACCAUUGACACGCAAUGCAAAUGUAGUGGGCUCGAUAUCUCCGAAUGUCAUUAUCUUAAAUCAAUUGCUCUCGGUAAAGACAUUACCUUGCUGCCAGGUCGUCUUCCUCGUGGAGUAAGAACCAUUGACAUGCAAUGCAAAUGUAGUGGUCUCGAUAUCUCUGAAUGUCAUCAUCUUAAAUCAAUUGAUCUCGGUAAAGACAUUACCUUGCUGCCAGGUCGUCUUCCUCGUGGAGUAAGAACCAUUGACAUGCAAUGCAAAUGUAGUGGUCUCGAUAUAUCUAGAAACCAUAGUAUUGAUUCAAUUGCUCUUGGGCAUGAUAUCACCCUUCUACCAGUUGUUCUCCGUGGUCGAGUAAAGACAAUCAACCUACAAUGCAAAUGUACCCGACUAAAUUUAUCUCAUAUUCAUACACUAAAAUCAAUUGCUCUGGGUAAAGCCAUUACCUUGCGGCCAAUUCGUCUUCUCAUUUAAAAUGUAAUGGACUCGAAAUCUCUGAAUGCCAUAAUAUUGAAUCAAUUUUUCUCGGUAAAUACAUAACCUUGCUGCCAUCUCAUCGGCCAAUGCUAGUAAAGAAGUAUGCCCCACUAUUCGACUCAAAGAAUCUGAAUUCCAUCAUCUUGAAUGAAGUGUAGUCGGUAAACACAUUACCUUGAAACCCGCUCAAAUUAUAUAUUCAAUAAUAAAGGAAUAUGUUAACAGAGUAAUGAAAAAGGAUUAUUAAUUUAAUAAUAAAUGUCAUGGGCGAUAUGCAUUAAAGAUGUUUAUUAAGAAUGCGAUUUAAUUAGAGUUUUUAAAACAAAGUUUUCUAUAAAAAGGUUUUCCAAAGAGAGUAUACACACUGGGGACGAAAGAUGCAUAACAAAAAGCGGUUUGCAUCAAAAUCUUGUGGACGGUUCGCAUCUUCAUUUUGUAUUAACAAAGCCUCAUUUACUGAUCCGUACGUGCAAUUUGAGAAACUUGUUAUUGAAACGAAGACAAACCAUAAAUUGUUUACCUAUUUGCAAUUUGAUCCGGUUUCAACGAAUAUGUACAAUAAUUUGUUCGCUUCUAUCACAUUGUGCUGUAAAUAAACCCUUCAUUAUGUGUAAACAAACAGUCUGGCUGGAUUUUAUUAUGAUGAUUACCAUUUCUCUAAUGUUUAGUAUUCAUGAUGCAUGUCAGAACCAUAUUUAGAACGGCUUGCAUGCCAAACAGAGACACACAUAAUUGUACUUGUCGCACUAGACAUGUCUGUAAGGUGGCAACUGAAUGUUUGUUACCAACAGAAAAUGUAUGUGUCUGACUCUGAAGUGAAUUGUGUAUAUUAAUAAGAGACAAUCAUAAAUCUAUGUGACCUAUAGGCUAGAUGAACAAGAAGUAGGGUAUAGGAAGCAGUUACACAGGUAUUUAACGACAUGUUUGGGUGUAACAUUGUUUUCGUCUAUUGUUUUAAUAAUUGGUUUAUCAAAACGUCAGUAUCACACUUUUUAAAUAUAUCUGUAACAACUAUUCUGCUUGUCGAAAAACAUACAACAUUGAUUUUUUAUUUGUUUAUCAUGGAUCGCCCUACUGUCUGAUUAAUUGUUUUUGUCUCGGUGAUAAAAUAUUAUCAAAUAUAAUUGUCUAUAAAAACCUUGAUUGCACAAUCGAAUACUAUGUCAUCAUGUAGGAAUUUUCUUAGCUUUUUACAAUAUUUUUUUACUCAUACAAUUUCAACACUUGCUUUUCAUAGUUCUGACCUAAAUUGUGUUGUUGUAUUUUAUAUUAUCUGUUUCAAUUGCAUGAAGAUUUUUGUAUAUUAAUAACUCCUCCAACACCUGCUGACCAAAUGAUUCUCUAAAAUAUAAAAACACAGCCCCAAUUUUGACGCACAAUUAUUAAAACGUCGUCUUUUAGUACAAUACUGUCUUAAUAUCACUAUUAUAAAUGAUUGUAUUAUUUCUCAUUACUUAUACAAAUGAAUAGUUCCGAGUUUUUCUGUAUUAUUCUACUCCAAAUGGCAAAUGUUUAUUUAGUACAUAAUAAUGUGUAUAUAUAAAGUGUUUUAUAACGAUUAAAAUUGUCUGGUAUUCUAUUAAAGCCAUAAACUAUGUAAAUUGUGAAGGGGAUGAUCUCGAUCCGUUUCAUACCUACCGGUAUUUACGGGAAAAAUACAAAAUGUUAGAUACACACACGCACAAGAACUAGGAUCAGAACUGAUUGCAGAAGAUGGACAUAUCGAGCUAGAAUACCAUGCAAAACGACGACCCCUGUGCUAUUUUAAUCAAUUUUUUGUUAAACAAUCAUUAACCAAAUCAUCGUGAAAAGUGUUCAAAUUAUCUUAUGCAAGUAUUUCAUGUCGAAAAUGUAUUGUUUCGCUAAGUGUUGUUAACUUACUGAAAAAUAUACAUAAUGGCCUAUCCACAUUGAUAGUUUGUUUGUAUAGGUAAACAACGAGUGGUUCGCGAGUUUCUUCAAUUUUAAUUCUUUUCUUUAUUGCAAGAAAUAUAUUUGUUAAUAUGAGCAAGCACUUAUAACUUUAUAUUGAUAAUGAUUAUUAUGCGUUUUCUUAUUUUCAAAUGUUUAUGUUUUAUUUUUUCAUUUGCAUUAUGCGUUUGUGUCAGAUGUUGCGAUAUAGUAUUGAAAGCCAUCGUGUAACGUUAUUUAAUGUAUGGGCCCAUGUGUGUAAGUCACAUGUACAUAUAGGUUUUAAGGAGAUAAGUCUUAUUGCUUCCUUCAUACGAUACACGCGAUAGAUUGGUUUUUGCUAUCGAAAUUCUUUCAAUGAGAUUCAGUGUGAAAUUAUUGUUUAAUGCGAGAGGGUCCAAAGUAAAUGCUUCUACAUCCAUCAUAACGAGCAAUCGGAAACAAUGAUCAAAUGUAUUACACGAAUAUACUUUUUACAGUCUUCCAUGGCACAUUAAAAAAAAUGUCAUGGUUCAAUGUCGUUGUUUCUCUUGUCUUUGUAAUCGACUUUUUAAGUUGUAUAUAAGGUUUAUUCUUUCCUUCAUUAACUAAACUUAUUUUAAGUUUAACUUGUGUCUGCACUGGGAUAUACCGUCAUGGUUUAUUUACCUUUUUUAACAGCUAAUUCAAAUGGGUUUUUGUGAAUUUAUUUUCUUUAUAAACUGCUGUUGACACCGCUAUGACAUCUUUAAAAUUUUGAAACUAUACAGCUGCAUCAAAAACAUUUUUAUGGAACACGAUUCUGUACAUUUCGCUUGUUUUGUUUUGGUUUCAUUUGCUGAUGGAAGCCUAUGAUGAUAUUGAGUACGUUACUGUCGUUAGUACGUUAACCUUUAUCAUUUUAUCCAUACUUUCACUAUUGUAUGCCAGAAGCUUUAUUGUAUGCAUUUUUGCUGAAAUUGUUAUUGUUGUUGUAUAUUCAUACGUAAUUUUGUACCCACCAGUUUGUAUUGUUUGCAUUGUUGCCUUAUCAAUGGUUUUGAUUUUGAAUUGUAAUUACUAUCUUUAUAUUGUUAUCUACUAAUCAAAACAGGCAAACUUAGAUGCGAUCAGUUUAAUGUUAUUAAUUUUUAUUGAAGCAAACAUUCCGAAUUGCAAAGAUACUUAACAUUAUACAUUGUUGGCGUUGUACAGAUGAUAGUUACACUACUCGUUUGGCCUGUUUUGUGAAAUGAAAAACAUAUUGUUUGUUUUUAAAUUGUUUGCAUAUGCAAAUGCAUUAUGGUUUCAUUAUGUGCAUCGUUUACGCAACGUAAGAUUUUUUGUAAUAACGUUCUUGUUUAACAGUUACGUUUUCUGUUAUGAAUCUUUCUCUAAGAAUCGUUUAUAAUUGUUAAAGGGGCCUUUUCAAGUUUUGGUAAAUUGACAAAAUAAAAAUAAAAUGUUUAAGAUUAGAAA